AUGGUUGCUACUCUCCCAGCGGACGUGCUUGUCCUCAUUUGUGAGGAGCUUGGAAAUCGCCUGGAUUUCAGAAGCCUCUUCAAUUGUGCCUUGUCAGGGAAGUCUUUUGCUAGCCCAGCUAUCUCAUGGCUUUACAGAAUUCACAAUCAAUCAGAAUACUUUCGAAACGAUGAGACCGAUACCGAACUGCCAGGAACGCAAACUAUGACAUGGGAGGAUGGCGUCGCUUUUCAGAAGCGAUUCGCCUCCAAAUGGGCCCUGCUGUGGAAGUCUAUAAUCCGAUCAAGCCUUGGGAACACCGCAUACCCCUACUGCCUAUACAUUCGGUCUCUAGAUCUCCGCAAUCUCGCCUCCCUCCUCGAAGAUAGCCACUUCCGAGAACCCAUUCUUGAUACUUUCUUUGCCGGUGAUAUGACUGUGUUUUACAAAUCUCAAGAUACGCCCGUCAAGAAGAAGACUAGAAGUACAAAAACACGCCUUAAUGUUGCCCCCAUUCUCGACCUUGUUGGAGAAUACAUAACCAGCUAUGUUAGCGAUGCAGCAGAUCGCAACAAGGCUAUUGUUGCUCUUGAAGAGAUUUCUGGCGAUAUCAGCACCACCGCGCUGUCAAGGUGGGCCAGUCGAUUGUCUCGGCUUAAAACUAUUACGCUUUAUGACGGAUCUGUUCUGAACGAAGACGUGGCAACUGUCAUAAAUAAACACUGUCCAAAUUUUGAUGACCUGACGUUCUGCUUUUGUCUGCGAGACAAUGUCGAUUCUGACAUUGCUUCAUUUUUCAGUGCGCUCAGAUCGAACAGUCUCCAGUCGUUCACAGCUCUCAGCGCCCAGAGCAUUGGCCCUCAAACAUUCUCAGCGUUGAACAACCAUUCGCGUUCAUUAAAGGCACUGAAGCUAGACGAUUUGAAGCCAGAUGCGAUCAGGAGCCUUUCUCUUCUUAAAGGAUGCGAAGCUCUCGAGGCGCUGGAUCUUCAGGACGCCGAUGGCUUCAUCAACCUGGAAGCAACCGAAAACGAUAUAUUUCUCGAAAUCCUCGCCUGGCUUGGGCGUUGUGAACGACUCAAAGAGUUCUGUCUCAAAAAGUUCUUAAGCGCCCCAGCAAUAUUGACAGACCUCUGCCUGCGUAACAAUAUUAGACUCCGAAGACUCGAGUUGGUUGAGUAUAGCCUGGUCAACAACCAGCGCUUUCACCAGGCAAUGUCACAUCAGACCAGUCUGGAAUCACUGAUAUUACGUGCUGAUGCCGAAGGCGCCUUCCGGGAUGAUAUCGACACGUUGGUGUCCUGCAUCUCACAACUAACCAACCUCACAGAGCUAGACCUGUGUGAAACAUCGGACUAUUUCCGCAGCCCUGAAAUCAGUCGACUUGCGUCGAGUCUGCCGAAUCUGGAGAAGUUCUCGUUCAGCGGCUACGAUGUGACGGAUGCCAUAUGGCCUUCCAUUUCGGGUCUCCGUCACCUUCGCGCACUCAAUGCUCACGCCGUCACGUCCUUUACUUACGAUGGCCUCCUCGACUAUAUCUCGACUCUCCAACCGACGAAUCAAGGACUUGUCCUGUCGGUGAUGAGCCAGAGGCUGGACUAUGACCUCAGCGAUAGACAGAAGGCCACGAUCCAAGAGAGAAUCGUGGCGAAAGUGGAUGGCAGAUUCGAGUUCGUUUUGUUUAGAGAGACUGACUCUGACUUCGACUCUGGUUCGGAUUGA